CUAUAUUUACAGACCAUUUUUAUCAAUUUCCGCUGUCGGUUAGUUAUUUUCCCAAGUAUUCAGUUCUGAAAAUAAUGUCGAUCUUAAUAGUUGCUUAUGUUUCAAUUAAUUUAAUAAAUUUUUCUUUUACCCAAUCGGUUAAUACUACUUGUGAAAUAAAGGAGAACUGUCAAGAGUGCAUUCAAGAAUACGAUUGUGAAUGGUGCAUUGAACCCACAUUUGAAAAUGUAGAUGGAGGAGCUCAUUGCAGAUCUAAAAGUUCAACAUCAAAAUGGUGCGACGAAUCAAAAUUGAUUUCACCUAAAAUGACGAUCCGAACAAUCGAAGACGAAGAUUUUUCGGACGAAGAAGAUCGGAAGAUACAAAUGAAACCGCAACGAGUGAAAUUAUCUCUGAGGAAAGGAGAAAAAUUCGAUUUGAGAUUCAAAUUUCAAAACGCCGCCAAUUACCCCGUCGACUUAUACUACAUAAUGGACUUAUCGAAAUCGAUGGAGAAAUACAAAAAGAAUUUGGCGCAAUUAGGAAUCAAAUUAGCCGAUACUAUGAGAAAAAUAACUAAAGAUUUUCUUAUCGGAUUCGGUAGUUUCAUCGAUAAAGUGGAAUUGCCGUUCGUCAGCACCGUUCCUUCGAAGUUGAAACACCCCUGUAAAACAGAUACCGGCCAGUGCGUUAGUCCGUACAGUUUCAAAAACAUGCUACCGCUAUCCAGAGACUAUAAUAGUUUCGUGGAAAAAGUGAAAACUGCCAAUGUCUCGGGAAAUCUAGAUUCCCCGGAAGGCGGCUUUGAUGCCAUAAUGCAAGCGAUGGUCUGCAAGAAGAAGAUUAAAUGGCGCGAUCAAGCUCGUCAUCUAUUAGUUUUCUCCACUGACGCAGAAUUUCAUAUAGCCGGCGAUGGUAAAUUGGCGGGUGUUAUAGAACCGAAUCCAGCGAGGUGUUACGAAGAUGACAAAGAAUAUUUAAUCUACGAUUAUCCUUCGGUAUCUCAAAUAAAUUACGUCGCAAAAGAAAAUAAUAUAAAUAUUAUUUUUGCUAUAGUGAAAAAAACAUAUAUAAAAUCAUCAUAUCAACUCUUAUCAGAUAUUAUAGAAAAUUCGAAAUUCGGCCAAUUAGACGAAAAAGACGACGACAGCGUUAUUAAAUUAAUUGUAGACAACUACAGGAAAAUUGUUCAAAGUGUUAAAUUCACAUCGAAUGCUAGCGAAGAAAUAGACGUGCAAUUUUCUUCGAACUGUAACGGGUCGGUUAACUCAGAUCGUUGUAGUAACGUCCACGUGGGCCAAGUGAUCGAUUUUACGGCCACCAUUCAACUAAGACAGUGUCCCGAAAAUGGCGAAAGAAGAAAAUUUAUUUCUAUAAGACCGGAAUCGCUCAACGAGAGUUUAAUAGUUGAAGUGGAACUUAUAUGCGAUUGUCCUUGUUCGAAAAAAAGCGACGAGACGUAUGAGCCGAAUUCGCCGAAAUGUAACGAGAUGGGAGAUCUGAGUUGUGGAGUCUGUAGUUGUUCUGAAGGUAGAUUCGGUAAAAAUUGUCAAUGUGACAAAACUCAAAGUCAAUCGGAGAAUACGACGUUAUGCAUUAAACCAGGAACGACAGAUAUUUGUUCGGGAUCUGGUGUAUGUAGAUGUGGUAAAUGCGAAUGUAAUGCCGUAACUAACAAUCCAGGCGAGAAAUUCACCGGUCAAUAUUGCGAAUGCGAUAAUUUUUCAUGUAAAAGAAUAGGCGGAAUUUUAUGUUCCGGUAAAGGUACGUGUAAUUGUAACAAAUGCGAAUGUUUUAAAGGAUUUUCCGGAGACGAUUGCAGAUGUGACUUAUCAACAACGAAUUGCAGAUCGCCGGACAACGAUAAAAUUUGUUCCGGUCACGGUAAAUGUAUUUGCAAUAGGUGCGAAUGCGAAAUGCAAAAUAACAACAGAUAUUCCGGUAAAUUUUGCGAAGAGUGCACGUCAUGUCCGGCGCAAAGGUGUGAGGAGUUACGACCGUGCGUGGAAUGUCAGGUGUACAACGCUGGAAUUUACAAAGAUGUUUGCGAUACGAAUUGUACUUUAUUUAAAACGGAGAAAUUACGUAAAUUCGAUAUAGAAGAAAACGGAGAAUUUAAAAAAUGUAAAAUACCGGAUAUCGAUUCGUGUAUAAUAAAUUUUGAAUAUUCAUAUACUGAAGAUGAUAAAUUAAUUGUUAAAGCAUUGGAUAAAAAAAUAUGUCCUGAACCACCAAAUGUUUUAGCUUGGAUAUUGGGAGUAAUAGGGGCCAUUCUUAUAGUUGGUUUAUUGACGUUAUUAAUGUGGAAAAUAUUAACGACGAUCCACGAUAAACGAGAAUACGCCAAAUUCGAAAACGAACAAAAGAAAUUGAAAUGGGGUAGGAAUGAUAACCCAUUGUAUAAAGGAGCUACCACUACGUUCGAUAAUCCUGCUUACAAUAGAAAUAGUGUUAGAUAUUCCUUGAGGAAGGAAUAAUUCGUUUAAUUUGUUUUUGUAUUUCGGAAUACAGGAGGAUCUGAUUUUGUAUAGUUAAGUUAAAUGUGAUCAACAAACAUAAUAAACGAUUUAAAUAAAAA